AUGGGGCCGGCGGGGUGCGCGGCGCGGCGGGCCUGGGCGCUGCGGGGCCUCGGGGCCGUGUCCCCGGCCGCGGCGCCGGGGGCGGGCGCCGGGGCGCGGCUGCGGCUGCUGGCCCCGCGGCGGCCUCCUGCGGGGCCCGCGCCCGGCCGCCUCCGCCCGAGCCCCGCCGGCGCGCGCGGCCUGCACGGCGGGCCCGGCCUGGGGGGGCGGCCGGCGGCGGCGGGCGCGGAGCCCCGGGAACCGGACGCCGCAGGUCACGCAGCUUCCAAGUUCGACAUCGACCUGCUGGUUUCGCUUCUGAGGCAAGAAAACGCGAGAGACAUCUGUGUGAUCCGGGUGCCGCCCGAGGUGAAGUACACAGGCCACUUGGUGAUCGGCAGCGGGGCCUCCCCCCGCCACUUGCACGCCGUGGCCGCCUACAUCGUGAAAGCGUACAAAUUCCUAAAAAGUAAAAAUGAGCCUCAUGUGAGAAUUGAAGGGAAGGACACUGAUGACUGGCUGUGUGUGGACUUCGGCAGGAUGGUGGUUCAUUUGAUGCUUCCAGAGACCAGAGAAAUGUAUGAACUGGAGAAGUUAUGGACCCUGCGUUCCUAUGAUGACCAGUUAGCUCAGAUAGCACCCGAGACGUUACCUGAAGACUUCAUUCUUGGAAUAGAAGAUGACACGUCAUCCCUGACUCCAGUGGAGUUCAAAUGUGAAUAA